GUCAUCCGCAAACAGGCGUGAACCGACGUUACAGGAAUGCUCGUCUGAAUAUUUCAUCUAACCAAGAGUGACGAGAAAUUUCGGCUCGGGGAAGCGGCGUCUUUUUAAUUAUCGGGAAAAGACGCUCUGCGGUCUCCCUUUGCGCGCCGCGUCUACUAUCCGUGAGAGCGGCUGAGCUCGCGUGAGAAACCGGUCUCAAAUCUGCAGGAAAACAAGAGCGAGAGAUCUACAGACACACGGAAACUGUGGCCAGACUCCAGAGGAAGUCAAUUGAUUUCGCCCUCCUUGAUGAGAUAGAUUUGCAGGCUUUGCCCGGCGCGUCUGUCAGAGCGCUCAACAGUUGGUGCGAGUGCGCGAUUAGAGGGACUUUACAUGUGAAAGACUGAGAUUUGGCACAGCGGCUUCAGCGAUGGGUGUGUGAUUUCAGCACCUCAGCCCUAUGGACACCCGCUCGCGUGUGAAUUGUUUGGUAAUAUGGAAGACAGACUGUUGCACGUCGUGAUGCAUCGGAUGCAUUUGCGCGUUUAGUGUUUUAUAGCAGAUACAAUGACCAGUCUAUUCACAGCUCUCGGCGCUUCUGCUUUUAUUCGCGUAUUGCAUUUGGCGUAAAAGAGCACGGACACAGAUUUCUUACAGUCCAGUCCAUCCAUCCAUCCAUCCUCUUUGGAUAUAAGGGCGCUUUUUGUUUUUGUGUGUUUUUUUCUCUUGACCUUGCCUGAAGCUCAAAAGCAGCAUGUUAAUGAUGGAGAGCGGUGGAUUAGACGCGCAUCAGGUUGAACUGGAAACCGACUACGAACCACACUGCCGCCCGAGGUCGUGCACCUGGCCACUGCCGUGUCCGGAGGAGGAAAACCGAGCGCUGCCCGUAGCGACCGUCAAAGUGGAGACGCGCAACGUGCCGGCGUGUCUGAGCGGAGGGGCGCCGACGGAGUUCAAGCAUCCAGCCGGCGCCCCUGCCCCUAUCGCGGCCGCCCCCGCUUGCAUGUCCGGCGCGGCGCUGGAUGUGGCCGGGCAGCUGCGCAAAUCCAAGUCGUCGAGACGGAACGCGUGGGGGAACCAGUCGUACGCGGAUCUGAUCACGCGUGCCAUUGAGAGCACCCCAGAUAAAAGGCUGACCUUAUCUCAGAUCUAUGACUGGAUGGUGCGUUUCGUACCCUAUUUCAAGGAUAAAGGAGACAGCAAUAGCUCAGCGGGCUGGAAGAACUCUAUCAGACACAACCUCUCUUUACACACCCGCUUCAUCCGUGUGCAAAACGAGGGAACCGGAAAAAGUUCCUGGUGGAUGCUUAACCCAGAGGGCGGAAAGAUGGGCAAAGGUCCCCGCCGGAGAGCUGUUUCUAUGGACAAUGGCACUAAGUACCUAAAGAGCCGAGGCAGAGUCAGUCGAAAAAGAGCUGCGGGAAUGGGCAGAGAGCUUGGAGGGCCCGGAUUACAGGGCUCACCGGAACACGGAAGCCCAGCUGGUAAGGGAGCAAUUGGAGUUGGAGGUGAGGAGUUUGAUGCUUGGUCAGACCUCCACUCCAGAACUAGCUCUUCUGCGUCAACGCUAAGUGGAUGCCUCUCACCUAUUCUGGCUGAGGCAGAGCCAGAUGAACCAGAGGAAGGGGGGCUGUCCUGCUCAGCCUCCCCACGUCUCUACCCUAGCCCCACCAGCACUAGAUCCCCAGCCCUGGGAACAGGGGGACACUGUCCAUCCGUCGAGCUGCCGCACUUAGCCGAUCUUACGGGAGCCAUCAGCUUGGAAGAAGGCUACUCCCAGCCUCUGCCACUCAAGCGCAAUGGCUACCACUACGGCACUGGGACCAAGGGAGAGAGCUCCUACUGUGGAACGGUCUAUGGCCAACCGUCUAUGGGCAUGCUUAGGCAUCAUACGCCUAUGCAGACCAUCCAGGAAAACAAGCCAACCAGCUUCCAGCGUGCUCUUAGAGCAUACUCCGAGAACAAUGCCCUUGAAAGUCUGCUCGCUGGUGGGCCACAAUACUGUGCUAAAGACAUGGUCGUGGGGCAAGGAGGAGCGUCUCAUUCGCUUCUGUCACAAUCUAACAGUGCCGUGCACUCUCAUGUCCACAAUCAGAGUCACAAUCACAGCCAGAACCACAAUCAUAACCGUGAGCAUGGCCUCAAUCACAAUCCCAGUCAAAGUCUUCACAACGGCCAAGGAGUAUCGCAUGAGCAAAACUCAAGCCAUCAUCACAAUCCCAGUCAAGCUCACAGUAAGCAUCAUCCGGGUCUCGACUACAGUCACGGUCACAAGCAUCACCGUGGCCACGACUACGUUCAAUCUCACGAGCACAAACUCAAUGCUAGUCCCAAUCACAUGCACAAUCACAUGCAACACAACAACUCCAGACAAGCUGACCUUUCUCCGAGGGUCAACCAAGACAUGUUACAACCCUACAAUCACAAAUCACAGAGCCUUUAUGGCCCACGCGCUCACCUUCCCUCCACUGCCCUGCCUCCAAACCCCGCCAGCGUCUUGGACGUUCCCCAGGACCCCUGCCGUCUGGCCUCAGCACCUCGCCAUCAGUCGUACCCAGGCUCCCACCUGCACCAGGGUAUGACGGAGCCCUGGCACGGGUACUACCACCACCCGACCCAGAAUGCUAAUUACCAUGGCAACCACCACGCAAGCCAUCACCAGGAUCCUCACGACCGGUUGCAGGCCGAGCUGGAGAUGGAAGUGCAUCAGAGCAGUCUGGAUUGUGACGUAGAAUCCAUCCUCCUGAAUGACUUCAUGGACUCGACAGAAGGAAUAGAUUUUAACUUUGAUGGCACGCUGUCGCAGGGGGUUGGCAUGGGUUUGGGGAUGGGAAUGGGGGCAUUUGCAGGAUCUCAACAAUCACAUAACAGCCAGAGCUGGGUUCCCGGGUGAAGGGGGGGACUAAAAUGAACAAUUUGACCGACAUUCCCUUUUGCUGAUGUCAGAUUCUGGAUUGUUAUCCCCUUAAAAUCCCCUCCCUUCUCCCUCUGACUGUGUUUUCCCGCUGUGGAAUAAUGUCAUAGCGCCCUAAGAGUCCUUUUUGUGGUUCAUGUCCUUCAGUUUGUGGUCGAUUCAUCAACUCCAUCUCUUUCUGGGCAAACGCUCAGAAGCACUUUACAUCUGUCGCCAUCCAUUCCGAUGCUGUAACGACCACCCCGCGACCUGAGAGGAAUCGCAUUGUCCGCUGGCCCGGGUUUAAUGUAUGCAAACGACUUUGUUAUCCUUCCUGAACAAAAAAAAGUAAAUAAAUAAUUAAGCGUUGGUGUUGUUUUGCUGAACAUGAGUACAGGAUUGAGCAGUCGCUAUAGCUGUCUGAGUGUCCGUGCCGUCAUUCGUGUACUCGUCAGUGUGUGCGGGCGCGUGGUGAGCGUGCGAGUGUGGAGCUGCUUUUCUUUGCUAAAUGUAUGCGCCUCCUCUCAAGGAGGUCUAUUGGAUGUCCCUUUAUUGUGGGCCAGGACAGUCAUCCAUCAGACACACUCUAUUGAUAUUCAGCAUAUCCUUUUUAAUCUCCAAAGUAAUGCACCAGCUAUGCAUCACUGUUGCAAAUAGAAUGUGAUGCUGGGAGUACGCAGCGCUGUUUUUCCCCCGGACACACAACGCAUUAAUGUGUUUUGGCGAAAGUGAUGAUUAAAGUCACUCUGCAGUAAGUGGGGGAGCUGGGGAAGGCAGAGAUGGAGAGAUAAGAGGGGGGAAAAGGAGAAAUGCAAAUAUUCUCACCGUGCCCCUUCCUCUCCAUUCUGCGAAUUUCUAAAGCAUUUGCCCGUAAUGAAAUAAGGAACGAUCCAACACCACCGCACAUCCUGUGCAUAGCUCUUUCCUGGUUCACCUCGGCCUAACUUCCUGUGUCAGCAGCCAAUGCACUGGCUUCAUUUGGCUGCAUUAUCCUCCUGCCUAAGCUGGUGUUACUUUAGCUAAUCAAUGCCGAUUGAUCAAAUUUGAAGCCUUGUCAGCCCCCAUUAACUGUGCGUUAAUUUAAUACAGAGCUGGAAUUAGGAAAUUUAUCUUUAAUGAGUUUACGUUGCACCAGCUUGACAAAGUAACUAUUCAAUGCUAGUGCUACCUCAAGGUCACAAAGGCAAGGCGUCUCACAUCAGGCUUCAGGUCGCGAAGACCAGGUCAGGACAUUUACUGAACGACUGUAUCCCACCAUCAUCCGUGCUUUUGUGCGCUACACGCUAGUGAAUUACAUGCUGAUUAAUUCCAUCAGGGUGCUAUACAGACUUUCCCCUAUCAUAUUGCCUUUAUCCAGUGAUUAUACAGACUCCGGUAAUUAAGUGCAAGCGUGUGUCUGUUCAUUCGGAAUGUAAUGCAACACCAAGUAUCCCAAAGGAAAGACUGACUCUGUGAAGUUGAAGAAAACAUAUGGGACGCAUUUACACAUACAGUGUACUUCCCAAAUGUCUUACGAUAUUAAAGCCACUAGAUAUACAGAAGGUCAACACAAAAAGUGUCCAACCGUUAGCACAGAAGCAACAAGAGCAAACUUAGCCUGACUCAAAAACGGGCAGGCUUUUUAAGGAUGGCGAGAUUCAACACGGUCCAAGCACAAUUCCACAUAAACUCUCGUGGGCAAAUUUGAACAUUAUCAGUUUUUCUGUUUAUGGAAACAUAUCAAAUGUUCUUUACGGAACAUUCUGGAGUUCAGAAGAUUCCAGAAGCUUCAUUGUGCGUUUAGAAUUGGAGGCAUUUGUUCCUUCGGCAUUUCAAGACGUAAACAACGGCAACAGCUUCUUAUUUAUAUAGCGUUGGGUGUUUUGGUUAUUUUGUCCGCUCUUUGUAUCUUUGUACCAUUGUAUCUUGCUUUUGUCUACCAUGAUUUAUGUAAAGUGCAAUUUUUGGUAAAAGAUGCUGUCUUUCUCAGAGGCUGAGAUAAUGGAUCCAUGGAGACGACAUGACUUGGAGGCGAGCUUUAUGUUGUGCUUAAAAUUUAAUGAAGCGUACAUGAAUGACACAAAAAUGGGGAAGGUGGUUACAAUGAGUUGAAAAGGACUUGCUUGAGAGAAAAAGCCCUAACAUGUGGAGACUGAGCGUGUGUGUGUGUGAGAGAGAGAGAGUCUGUCAGAGUAGCUUUCCUCAGCAGGCUUGUUUGAAUCAGGCCAAAUGUCAAGUGGCCCUCCACAGCGUUUCUCACAUGGCCCGAUCAGAUAGCCAUCCCUCUUUCUCACUGUUUCUCUUUCCUGCCAAGGACAAUGAACCCUGUCUCGAUCCGAUUCUCUUUUUCAUCCUCAUCUUUAUGUUCUUCUUCGAGGUGGCCAGUGUCUGUUGUGAUCCAGCUGCGAUUUUGAUCGCUGGUCCACGUCUGCUUGUGAGCUCCACCUCAUGUGUGCGUGUGCGUGUGUGUGUCUGUAGCACAGUGACGUACCUGAUGUAUGAAAAUUCAUUGAAAUUGUGCCCUGGUAUUUACACUGCCUGGCCUAUCAAUAAUAUAAUAUACACAGUUUAUAUUUAUUGGGUAUAAAGGUGGGUUUGUGGGUGACGGUAUGGAGCUCUUGUAUUUCAUUCAUCUAUAUGACAAGAUCAUGAUUCUAUUACCGUUCAUUUCUGUUUCAUGCUGUACAAAAACUCUGUAUUGAGAAAAUUGUAUAAUAUUUUUGACAAGCAAAUAUCUGUUUUAUUUCCUUUUUUAAAUGAUGUAUCUGCUCAUCUUGU